AUGACCUUGUUCACAGUUCCAAUGGCGGCGAUAUUACUGCUGCUCGUCGCAGCGGUGCUCCUUGUGCCGAGAAUCCGUUCAAAAUCCCGCUUCCCCCCCGGUCCCCCCACGCUCCCAUUCCUCGGCAACCUCCACCAGAUGCCAACAUCCAAAGCCUUCCUCUCCUACCAAGAAUGGUCAACCACGCACGCGGCCUCCUCCUCGGGCCUCCUGGGCUUCCACCUCGGCCCGUCCGCCAAGCUGCUGGUGCUGCACAAGUGGGAGCAGGUGCGCGACCUGCUCGACCUCCGGGGCGCCAUCUACUCGGACCGGCCGAGGCAGCGGCGCACGAUCGACGAGUUCCUGCGCGACCGCAACGCGCAGCUCGCCCCGGUCCAGCAGGCCGAGGGCACGCAGAUGGUCUGGGACCUGCUCCACCACGGCCGCGACUGCCACGACUACAUGCUGCGCUUCUCGGCCGCCGUCAUCCUGGCCUCCGUCUACGGCGAGCGCGGCAGGGACGGCGGCCUCGGCAGCUGGAGCCACCGCUUCUUCGACGGCAACGAGCGCUUCGCCGACUUUUGGGGGAGGUGGACUCAGACAGUCACUAACGCACAAAAACAACCCAACUCCCAGACCAUGCGAUUCCGGCCCCAGUUCCCCACGUCGAUCCCGCACGCCACCACCAAAGACGACACCUACCAAGGCUACUCGAUCCCCAAGGGCACCACCGUCAUGAUGAACGUGUGGGCGCUGUACCACGACCCAGCCGAGUACGAGGACCCGGACUCCUUCGUCCCGGAGCGAUAUCUCCGCAACCGGUUCGGCACCAGGCACGACCACGUCGAGAGCGGGCAAGACGACGCCAAGCCGCAGCAGGGGUUCAGGAGGGACACGUGGGCGUUUGGCGCCGGCCGCCGCGCCUGUCCGGGCCGGCGGUUCGCAGAGAACACCCUCCUCACGCUCACGGCCAAGGCGCUGUGGCGUUUGACGUUGUGGCCCUGGGCCAGGUGGACUUGGACAUCAGGACCGGGUUCAAGGAUGCGCUUCUGA